CAGCAGCUCGCACAUCAGCACACCCCUGCAUGGCAAUCGCCGCAGAAGCAACGACAGCUGUUGUGUAUUGGUUUCCACGUGAAUUUGUUUCGUUUUGUAUAUAUAUAUAUAUAUAUAUAUAUAUACAUAUAUAUAUAUAUAUAUAUAUAUAUAUAGUUCAUAUGUGUUUGCUGUGCGUAAGGCUGUAGUUACUGCUGAUAUUUUCAAAGCAAACAGCUGACCCUAAUAUGUACAGGAGAAGGUACUAAUGCUAUUGAAAUUGAGAUGAAAUUGAAGUGAACUGAGGGAGGCAGGCUGCAUGUUUGUGGUUGCGAUAUUAAUGGGGCUGUACAAUGUUUUUCAUGGCAGAAUAGAAACAGGGUGAUUGUGUUGGUGUGGUUAUUUCUGGAUAUUGUCUCUAUUGCUCAUGCUUCCUGAAGAGAAAUCGUCUGCGGUUUGAUUAGGUGAAUGUUUAGUGGACAAUGAGCUUACGUUCUCACCGGGGUGCGUUCGAAUCUCGCAUUUUUCUGUAAUUCUCCGUCCUUUGUUGAAUAGACGAGUGGUUGAAUAAGGUGAAGGAGUGUUAUAAAGUGUAUGGGAGUUGGGGCUCGGCCUAGAAACGGUGCAGGGGACCAAGCUGAAGUUCGAAAAGUGCAACCGCAGUUAAAACGAAAUCAAAUGACCUAAGUACCGGCGUCAAUGGAUAAGCACCAGUGAACUAAGGUGCGAAACCUGCACUGUCCUUUGGGGGCAGUCUGGAUACACCCAUAGCGAUUUAAUGGAUACGGGUAGAAGUGCGACGAUGAGACUCCCCCCCUAUCGUGGGGCCGUGGUUCCUCUUUUUGGAAGAAAGAGGGCGCGGAAAUUUAUUGGAUUACUUAUCAUCGCCUGCGCAGGGACUUCGCUGACUCAAGCACAAUCUUGUCCCCCGCCAGCUGUUCCACUCUAUUCUACGGUUCAUCUACAGAUGUCAGCUAGUGAAUCAAAAGCGAACUAUAGCUGUGAUACUGGUUACGAGCUUUUCGGUCCUGCAAUGCGAAUAUGUGAAGGUGGAAGAUGGCAAGGCCGAAUGCCCUAUUGCGCGACAAAUGUGGCUCUAAAUAAGCCAUCGAAACAAUCGAGCAUAUCGACAAAAAAUUUGGCGGCCGCCAAGUUGGCUAACGACGGCGACCUCUCUACCGUUGGUGAAAAACCCGUGUGUACGGAAACCAGAGUCGAAAAUUCGCCUUGGUGGCAGGUAGACCUCUUGCAGGCGUACGAAGUUCGGGUAGUUCGGAUACUCACUCGGGGCUGUUGUGGACAUCAACCUCUACAUGAUAUCGAGAUUCGAGUUUCCAACUCGAGUUCGUUGACAGGCUCACGUUUGUGUGCUUGGUUUCCUGGUAUUCUCGAAGAUGGCGCAAUGAAGGAGUUCGUCUGUGCCUAUCCCAUCAACGGACGGUAUGUCUCUGUUCAGAUGGUCGGAGGUGACGGAUCCCUGUCACUCUGCGAAGUUCAGGUGUUUUCCACGCAGGAGCUCUCCGUAGGAAUGUGCGGACACUUUGACGAUGUCGUCUCGAUCCUGCGUAACUGCUACGAGUUCCACCUGCAGGGCGGAAGCAGGAAAUUGGCUGAGGAACACUGCGAGAAGAGGGGCGGACUGCUUAUGUACAAUAUUGACAGACGGACGCUACCUUUCAUCGGGAGCGAGCUCACGCGUCGCAGUAAUAAUAAUCAGUUGAACCAAGGCCUUGUUUGGAUUGGCGCGACGCUCAAACGAGGGAUAGGACCCGGCCGACGAGGCUGGUUCUGGAGCAAUAAUGAACCUAUUCCAUCCGGCGGUCUCCUUUGGGGAGAGGGCCAGCCAAACAACUAUAACAAACAACAAAAUUGUAUUGUACUGGACCAAAAGCUCAGUUGGAUGUUUAAUGAUUUCAAUUGUGAUCUCGAUUACUUACCGUGGAUCUGUCAAUACGAACCUGUUCGCUGCGGUAGUCCCGACGUCUCUGAGAAUUCAACGUUAGUUGGCAAAGAUUUCGGCGUACUGCGCACGGUUAAAUACGACUGUCCUAUUGGCAGUGUGAUUCAGGGCGAUGCAGAACGCACGUGUCAGAAAAGCGGCUUCUGGAGUGGAAGUGCUCCGACAUGCAAACAUAUUGACUGCGGCCCGCUUAAGCAUAUCCCCAACGGAAAGGCACUACUUCGGGAUCUUCGAACAACGUUCAACGCCACCGCCGAAUAUAUUUGUGACGCCAAUUACACAUUGACCGGCGAAGAUACCCGACGCUGUGCUAAAACGGGCUUUUGGACGGGGCAAGAGCCCAAGUGUCAACUAAACUUCUGCGGCACACUCAGUCCACCUGUAAAUGGUUCGAUUCAGCUGGAGGGCGUCAAAGCAGGCCAAGAAGCCGUUUAUUCGUGCCAGCGAGGUCAUGCUCUCGUGGGCGUUGGCAGGAGAAAAUGCAUGCUCGGUGGGCAGUGGACAUCCACGGCCCCAUCCUGUCGCUACGUUGAUUGUGGCAAACCUUCACCGCCAGACAAUGGCAACGUUAACUUCAUUAAUAGCACCUGGAACUACCUCUCAGUUGUGACCUAUUCGUGCAGUAACGACUAUACGCUGGUCAACGGAGACGUGACUCGCACAUGCAAUGAACGCGGUAUAUGGUCAGGUCGUGAGCCGGAGUGCAAAAUCAUUGCAUGCCCACCGCCACCGAUUCCUAAUGGCGCCUAUAUUAAAGCCGACGCCAUUACAGGUGAACGGGUGAACAUCCAUGUUCACUCGAACGUUGAAUAUGGCUGUUUGGCCGGAUUCAAGUUGAUGUCCGGUGAUCUGACACGCACGUGUCUCAAAAGUGGUCUAUGGUCAGGCACGCUCUUGCACUGCCAGCUCGUCGAUUGUGGCAGACUCCCGCCCAUUCUCAAAGGAGAAAUCAAAUACCUGAAUGAUUCGACGACGACGCUGGACUCCGUUAUCACGCACUCGUGUACGAACGGCUAUCGACUCGUCGGAUCUGAGACCCGAGUUUGUGGCACUGAUGGUCGUUGGACAGGCGUGUCGCCCAGAUGCGAAGAGAUACGUUGCGCUCCACCGGAAGUGGCGCCAAACACUACGGUUCUGUAUUCGAACAAUGAUCGUUCGUCCAUUGACUCGUUUCGGGUCGGUUCUAGUGUCAUGUAUAAAUGUAUGGCUGGCCAUAUUAUUGAAGGGAUAGCGCUGCGGACGUGUCUGUCCACUGGUGAAUGGGAUGGGACCGAACCGCCCACAUGCCACUAUAUUGAGUGUGGUAAGCCUCCCCCGAUAUCAAACGGUGUAGCUGAAUCUCAGACAACUCAUUACGGUUCUCUUGUGGAAUACCGUUGUGAUGAUGGCUAUCGGUUGGGUAAUGGGGCCGAACGCAGGCUCUGUCUUGAAAAUGGUACCUGGUCAGGAAGCGAGCCCGUGUGCGUCGAAGUGAUCUGCCCCGAUCCCCCUCGGAACGAUGACCGACUCCUUAUUGAGGUGUCAUCGAACAACGUGGGUGCCGUCGCAAGCUAUUCAUGUCAGGACGGCUAUCGCAUUGUGGGUGCUGAUCCAGUACGUGUCUGUCGCGUAAACGGCCGCUGGGAUCCUCCAGGAGUCCCUUUCUGCAGUGUCAUUGAUUGCGGCCGACCAGACCUUAUACCGCACGGACGCGGCCUGCUGGUUAACGGCUCUACGACAUUCAACUCUCACGUUGAGUAUGAAUGCCUGCAUGAUAAGAUGCUCAUCGGCGCUUCAUUAAGGGUGUGCUUGGCCAAUGCGACGUGGAGCGGUCGCGAGCCAACGUGCAUCGAUCGUGAACCCGAUCGCGUCAAUGACGUCGAUACUCUACGCAUUAUACCACACUACGAUGAGCAGACCUCGAAUUCAAUUGGAAUUUCAUUGGCUGUUGGAGGCCUUUUGCUAGUGGCUGUUUUCAUUGGAGCUGCUUGGGUCUGGAUGAAGCAUAAGCCAAGUCCCCCGGUUAACAUUCAUGCUCGAGCUCGCUAUGUUGGCAAGAAUAACGUGGUGUCCUCGCCAAAGAACAACUACCAGGCAACCACUCAACGCGGAGGUCCUUACGACGGACCAGCGUCGGGCCUAGGGAUGACAAACAUGAAUAUGGCUGCGAUGGCCUCAAUGGCUGAGUACGCUAACGUCACGCCUCCACCGCUUCCUCCGAAUCAUCCAUCGAAUCAAUUUGUUACAUUCAACACGCCCCCCAUAGCACUACAACACCAGCAAAAUAUCUAUAGCGACAAUUUGUACGAUAACAGUGGUGACUCUAGUCAGCCCAUAUACGCCAACAUUCAGGAGGUCAAUGAAGCAACCCAUCAUGUUUGACACGAGUAGAAAACGGACCGCGGAAAACGAACUCACUUGUAGUUAGUUAGAUAGAUAGUUAGAUAGCUAAAUGAACGGGUGUAAUCUGUCAAGAAAGAAUCAAAUUUUACAGACUGGAUACGUUCUGACUUUUUGUGGCUCGCCUACAGGACUCGCAGCUCAUUUCUACGAUAUAAUUAGAGUAUCAGUGAGCUUUUGUGAUUUCCAGCAAUAAUAACAUGAAUAUGGACGCACUUGCUGUUUUAUGAAAAUGCUGUAAAAAAACAAUGAUUAACGUUAAAGACGUCUCAUAUGCGUUGGAUUACUCGAAGUUGUGGAACUACUAAACGUAAUCGUACGUGCGUUAAAGGAACGAUUCUAGUUUGUUCAAGUAGGUAGGUAGGACGCGACGAUGGACCUGUUGUUCGUUAUUGCAUAUAGAUCAACGUAAGAAGCGUGCGAUUUCACAAUCUACGGAGAAAAACUAGUAACGCGAUUUAAAAUAGCUGGCUUUAACGGCAACAAUCAAGAGCUUUGGAGAACUCUGAGGAACUCCAUUCGAAUAUGGCGUGUGACAAGCCAGUUCACCAGAACCUCGGGUAUCUCUACACUCGUGUACAGUGUAAAGAAGGUAGAGGUAACAAUUUAAAUGUCGUAGGAUAGGCGUGCACGUCAGAUAUGCACGAAGGAGGGAACAACAGCUAUGCAAAAACUAGAAGGAUGCUCCUACUUAAUUUCUAUUGUACAUAAUUAUUUCCGGGAUGCGGUAAAUCCUGUUGCCGAUGGCGAUCUUCCAGGUGGCGUUCGCCUUAAGUUAUGUCGAUUUUCGAGCAAAUUAAGCUCAUAGAGUCCCUGUAACAUAGAAAACAGACACUCGUCAAAUUCAGGACAAAAAAAGAGUCAAAGGUGAAACCGGUGACGGCUUUUUUUUCGUCAAACCGAAAACGAUGGAGUCCUCGUGUAGCUUGGAUGUUCCGGACACUCAGGACAGCUAUCGAGCGCUGUAUGUAAUAGCAUACGCAGGAAAAGAUCAAAUCGUUGCCUGAGUACAAGAGAAACUCUGCUUCGUCAGGCAAAGAUAGCAAUCUGUGAUCGAACGAAGAUUACAUUGUUAGACUUAUUAAAGAAUCUUAAUUUUGUAAAUGCAGAUCUAAAAUAAAGCUUGCUCUAGCGAACGAGUAUUGCACAUAAUAUUUCGUUUAAAUAAAGGUUCACUCAUGAAUCUUAAUGGAAAGCGUUUUAAACUGUUUUGUACGUACGUUCAGGGCUAGUUUAGUUUUAGUGCUUGGAGUGAGUGAGCCUCUCGGAAAUUCCUCAUUGUUUCACCAUAUCUAAUGUUCUAACCAACAAAAUCUAUCCCCUUAUUCCUUUACAAAACUUGAAAAGACGGUAAUACCGACUUAAUCCCCGUGAACUGAAUCCGAAAGAAGGUAGUUGUUCUUUUACCUUUGGGUGGAGUAUGUGACUUACAAUUUUUGUUCAGUUUUCCCAUGUAAAUGUUCAUUUGAUUCAAAUCUUCCCAAAGCAUUCGUUAUGUCGUUGAUCUUUGCAACUUUCUUUACUUUAGUGAACUUUAAUAGUCGCUGACGGUUUGGCUAGAACUUCGUUUUCUGAGACGAAGGCCGGUUCAGCUUCCCACAUUUCGCUUGGAAUUGCUAAUCAUUGUCGCAAGUCAGACCCAUUCCGGAUGAGCUACUCGUGUCUCUGAGAUACCGUUUCGUGAGACGCUGUUAUUAUUAAGAUGUCGCCUUCUGGCCCAAGGCCAAAAAAGUUAUUCUGAUCAGCAACUAUAAGGCUAGAACCGUUCCUAGAACAGGUCUUCCUGGCAACCAUUGGUACCGCGUACACAAAUGAAAUUACCUUAAUUUCGAUUUUAUUAUAAGUUACCUUUUCUUUUAAAUCGAGUUAAUAGUGAGUCUUUAUGUAAAUGUUGCUUUUUUUUGUAUGUAUCUUUUUUUCCAUAUAUGAUCCUUAUCACCCAUUCAUUUAGGGACUGAAAUGUUCAUGCGUUGUUAUGAAUAGUUUCUUGAUAAGCCAAUCACGAGAUGCGUGCAACUACUAAUAAUCAUUGGGUUACCUAUUCUAUUCUAUAAAUUCUAGCAGCUUCGAUAAACUAGCUGAAGACUUAGAUGUAUGUUCUGUACUAUAGCAAAUAAAUUCUCUUGUUAAAGGACAAAUGUC